AUGGAUGAUGCUGGCCCGUCUUACUGGGAGAGUUUUGAGCUACUCAAAAUACUCGACCUAGAAGAUUUUGGGGUGAAGACUUUGUCAGAAACUAUUGGCACAUUGUCCGAGUUAAUAUACUUGGGAUUGAGAAACAAUUACAUACAAGAGAUCCCACACUCGUUGAGGGGAUUGAAGAGGCUUGAGACACUUGAUAUAGCUCUAAACUUUAUGCUAGAGGUGUCGGAUAUUAUACGAAAAAUGGCAAACCUUCGCAAGCUAGAGUCCCUAGCCUACACCUCUAUUUAUGAUUGGGCAUAUGAGAUGAUGGCUAGUCUCAAAAAAUUGGGCUUCGAAGAAGUUGAUGAAAACUUGGAUGUAGGCAAGAACUUUGCUAAGUUGAAGAAAUAUCGGGUUCUUGAUCACCUUAUCUUGAAAGGGUAUCGUUUCAGAAGCGUGUCGUGUUUGGAUGAGAUUGUUGCUCUGCAUAGACUCAAAGCUAUCAAACUGGAUGGACGCCUAUCUAGUUUACCAAGUGCGGAUCAUUUCCCUCCACGUAUUCGUUACUUGAGUUUGGUAAAUACUUGUCUUGACGAAGACCCCAUGCCGGUACUGAAGAAGCUGCCCCACCUAGUGCGCCUCAAACUGCGGAAUGCAUACAUUAGUCGGGAAAUGGUGAUCCAACACAAUGGGCUUCGUUCGCUUAAGGUCCUUCGCAUUGGUGAGUUGUGGAAUCUUAGAAAUUUACAUGUUAGAGAAGGUGAAAUGUCGAAACACUAA